GUGAUAUGUUUGUCUUGAUUUAACAAAGGCUGACGUAUCGAGGGUAUUUAUUAGAAGCAUCAUAUAAAGUCAGCGUCAAGGCUGAUUUUGCACGUAAUUUGCUGUUGACGAGGCCAGCUGCAGGUGUGUUUAUCGCGCAGAUCUGCAAACUGAGCAACAUGACGAAGGGAAGGAAGUGGGUUUUGGAGCAGCAUUUCCAGGGAACGCCAAAGAGGAGUGACUUGAAGAUCGUUGAGUUCGACUUGCCGCCAAUCACAGAUGGAUCGGUUCUAUUGGAAGCGGUGUAUCUCAGUGUUGAUCCGUACAUGAGGCCAUUUUCAGCUUCGUUGCCCAAAGGUUCCACCAUGAUCGGUGAACAGGUAGCAAGGGUCACUCAAAGCAAGAACCCCAAGUUCCCUGUGGGCACCAACGUGCUUGUCAAUGCUGGCUGGGUGAGCCAUUCUGUUUCCGACGGGAAGGACCUGACCAAGAUCCCACCAUACCCAGAGGGCGUGCCGCUCUCUCUGGCCUUAGGAACCCUGGGUAUGCCCGGCAUGACGGCCAACUACGGUUUGGUUGACAUCUGUGAAGCUAAGGCUGGCGAGGUAGUGGUAGUCAGCGGUGCAGCUGGGGCAGUCGGUAACAUUGUGGGACAAAUUGGCAAGGUCAAGGGUUGCAAAGUCAUUGGAUUUGCCGGAUCAGACGCAAAGGUGGCCUGGUUGAAGGAGCUAGGAUUCGAUGAAGCCUUCAACUACAAGAAAAUCAAGGACCUGGGUGCUACUUUGAAGUCUGUCGCUCCUGAUGGCGUUAACUGCUUCUUUGACAAUGUGGGAGGAGAGUUUUCCAGCACCGUUCUCGAGAACAUGGCAUUAUUUGGACGCAUAGCUUGCUGUGGCUCCAUUUCGACAUACAACAACACGAAACCACUGAUGUUGCCUGCUACUCACAUUCAUCUGAUCACAAAGCAGAUCAAAAUGCAGGGAUUCGUUAUAUUCUCCCAACGUGACCGCUACCCAGAAUGGGUCCAACGUAAUAUCCAGUGGAUUAAAGAGGGAAAACUGAAAUACAAGGAACACGUCACCAAGGGAUUCGACAAGAUGUUUGACGCUUUCAUGGAGCUGUUCUCUGGAGAAAAUACCGGCAAAGCCGUGGUUGAAGUUUAAUUUCUGUGUUUCAGUCAAAAUGUCCUUUACGUACCCAAGCAAGUAGUGCUAUCUUUUGUAGCCUUUGUUAUCAAAUCAAAAUCCAAAGAAAUGAAUAAAUUUUGCGUUUGAAUCUCUAUAACAAACAUACACACAAUAUGAAACUUGGAAAACGGAUACACCGUAAUGACUUCAAUCAUAAUGAUCGACUUUGCGUUGAGCUUUUUCUUCCCAAAAGUUCAAUGACGCAUGUUUUGUUGGUAAAGCGAGUUAUCUCUCAUUAAUGAAAAUACAAACAAAGAAGGAAACGACUCUAAGUGACAUUAGUUUUGACAAAUAUUUUUGAACAAUAUUUUGCCGCUCGUCUUUCACCAGGAAUUGGCCAAGGGCAUUCGUUUUUCAGAGUUCCUUGAUUUGUAGCCAAGAUAUAGUUUCUUCCAUUUCUUGAAAAUCGAAUAUGAUGGUGUGAUGGAUUAAAUUCAGGCAAUUGCCAAAAAUCUCGCUAAAAUAAUUCGGAAUUAUAAGAGUUUCUGUGCAUUCGUUGGUCUUGAAUAGAUUGUCGACUUUUGUAAUUUAUACAAAUGAAGAGCUAUAGAUAUCAUAUUCAGUAAUCUAGUUAGCUAUGAACAUUAGUGGUCUAACUAGUAAUGAAAAUUGGUGUUAAACAUAAUCGAUUAUGUGACAGGUUUAGAAUUAUAGGAAUAAAACCUUGUGUUACCUAUCUGUUUUAAACUACUUCUGUGAUAUCACUUCUAUGUUCAAAAUUUAGAUUAUUUUUAUGAGUUCAUUGCAAGUUACGAAUAUACAAUUAUAGUAACAAAAUAAGUACACGUACUGUACCAUUAUAGUUCGUGUCGACGAGGAAGAAAUUCUCACGUCCACACCUCUCCUCGUUUCGAUCAUUUGAUGUGCUGCCGUGACUGUGAAUCUACUGGGCCUCGUAACAGCUACAGUUAGCAACUUUAAGAGUACCGGGAACGCCCACACCCCGGCCUCAUUGUGUAUGUUUGCUUUUCUCCACAGAAAAUGGCACAGGUUGUCAUCCCUCGUGUUUCCAGGAUCAAUGAUUUAUAAAAUAAAAUUGUCAAUAAUGAUUUGAA